CACACGCACGCACCAGAUGACCCGAACACCGAGCGCAAACCCUCCGCUACAAGCACCGCAGCCGUGCAUCGAGGAUCGCACGGCCAGGAUUCUUCUGGGGUUAAAACCCUAAAACUAAAAGAGGGCUCGCACCGAGCAACCCAUCCUCCCGUCCCGACCCCUAUCCGUUCCCCCACUCCUGGUCUCUCUCCCGCUCCUAUCCUCUCCUCCUCUCCUCCCCUCCUCGCGCCGCCGCCGGCGCCCACGCCGCGGCUUCCGCUCCCCCCCCAGCCAAGAUGAAUGUUGAAAAGCUCAAGAAGAUGGCAGGUGCCGUGCGCACCGGAGGGAAGGGUAGCAUGCGCAGGAAGAAGAAGGCUGUACACAAGACCACAACUACAGAUGACAAAAGGCUCCAGAGUACGCUGAAAAGAGUAGGAGUGAACACCAUCCCUGGUAUCGAAGAGGUCAACAUCUUUAAGGAUGAUGUGGUUAUUCAGUUUCUCAAUCCUAAAGUGCAAGCUUCGAUUGGUGCUAAUACAUGGGUGGUCAGUGGAACUCCACAGACAAAGAAACUGCAAGAUCUGCUGCCAUCAAUUAUCAAUCAACUUGGUCCUGACAACUUGGACAACCUGCGGAGGCUUGCAGAGCAAUUCCAAAAGCAGGUCCCUGGUGGUGCUGCUGGCAUCGAGGCUGGUGCCAGUGCAGGUGCUGCUCAGGCUGACGACGAUGAUGAUGUUCCUGAGCUUGUCCCUGGAGAGACAUUUGAAGAGGCCGCUGAAGAGAAAAAGGCAGAGUCGUGAUUUUGAUGCAUGUUUACUGUUGUGAAGGGUUAUAAGUUAAGCGGCGCCAUUAGAGACCACCUCCCCUUUCAAGAAUUCUGACCUACCUUAUUUGUGCCAGUGGACCGGUUUUGUCAUGUACGCGAGUUUCGUCUGAUAUGUUGGUGGAAUUUUGCAUCAAAAUACAUGCCUCUUUUGGUUGCCCUCA